AAUAGUGUAGGCAAGGCAGCAAACUACCAACAACUUCUCUGAGAAAACAUCGAUUCGGAUCUGCAAAACCGAGCGUCCUUUCCAAUGGUGAAGGGACUACUGCAAGGAGCGCAAAAUCUCCCGUCCGACGUGGUGCAGGUGAUCGAUCAGCUGGAACGCCACUGCUUGGCGCCCGAUGGAUCCCUCGUCCCCAAACCCGCCUCUUAUGAUCUUCAACUCGCCAGAGAAGAAAUGUCGAGGGAAAGACUGCGAUACUUGGAAGCCAUGGCAAUCUAUUGCGAGGCCAUCGCAAUGAUAGAGGAGUAUCAGCAGGCGGUUUCAGUGGCUAACCUGCGUGAUGUCCAGGGUUUAUACCCGCAGCUUGGCUUGAACAACUCCCCUCAUGUAUACAAGGCUCUAGAGCGUCGAAUGUUCCUUGCAGAAGCAGCUCAAAAGUUGAGGCUUCCUCUUAUCUCCAAAGAUGGUGAAAUUCAGGAGGAUGACAUUGAAAAACUGAGCAUAAUGUCACGAAGCUCCCUUGAUAGUACAAGUACUGGUCUCACAAUCAGCUCAAGCUCCAACUCAACAAGUUAUACAACUGCGAAUAGUACCACUAGUGUGGCUAAUAAUGCUGUUAAUGCCAGUGAUAUGGUGGAACCUGGAGUUGGCGGUGUUCCUAAUCGCUUUCUUGGUAUAACACCUGUCUAUUUAUGGCAAAGUCAACUCCAGCAAACACCUUUAUCCAUGGAUAUGGCGGAAUACCAGAUGUCUCUUUCUCAUGAGAUUGAGGCUCGUUUGAAAGCUAAAUGUGAUAAGUUAGCCGAUGCCUUUGUAAUGGAUGAUGUUGACUCAUCAUCUGGGCAUCAAACUUCAAGUGCCCGGCUUCCAGAAAGGGUUAAGUUGACAAUUGAGGAGAUUGAAAGGGAAGAGGAAGCUUUGCGGGAGGAUCUCUAUUCUGCAGAUAGAAAAUUUGGUGAAUACUAUAAUGUCUUAGAGCAGAUACUUGGAGUACUUAUUAAGCUUGUUAAAGAUUUGAAGAUGCAACACCAACAUAAAUAUGAUGAUUUGCAAAAAACAUGGCUGUGCAAAAGGUGUGAGACCAUGAGUGCAAAAUUAAGGGUUCUGGAACAUGUUCUCCUGCUUGAAACUUAUACUCAGGAGUCAAUACCAGCCCUUCAUAAAAUAAGGAAGUAUCUUCUCGAGGCCACAGAGGAAGCUUCUAUUGCAUAUAGUAAAGCGGUGACACGUCUUCGUGAGUAUCAAGGUGUUGAUCCUCACUUCGAUACAAUUGCCAGGCAGUACCAUGACAUCGUGAAGAAAUUGGAAAAUAUGCAAUGGACAAUCCACCAAGUUGAAAUGGAUCUGAAUCGCUUACCAGAGCACCAAAGCACAUGAACUUUUGGCUCCCCUCUCUCUCUCUGGUGUGUGAUAUAACUACUUUGAUGCAUCAUGUCAAAGUAUUCGAUUCAUUUCUUCAAUAACCAGUUGGAUUUUGUGCAUCAUAUGGUCAAGGACAAUACCAAAAAAGAAGUCAGAGAUAUGUACCCCCUGGUAGGGAGAUGCAGCUAUAUGGACGGGGCUACGUCCACCGCUCUCAACUCCCACUAGGAGCUACCGUUUGGCAUAAUUGUUUUUUUUUUUUUACAUGUAUUUUUUA